AUGAUAUGCCUCCUUGGACCUCCGGAAGAUCAUCUGAUCCGACAAGCAACUAAUGAUAUUAUUCGUGCACAUGGUCAAGAAUUUCCCCUUCCUCUAUCUCCCAUCACACUUGGACCACCAUCCCCUGCCGCAGAUCCUACAGCAGUCCUAGCUCUGGACGUGCCUGCGGCUGUUCCUGUAGCCACCCAUCCAGCCGAAGAACCCAACCGCUGUUGUCCACCUCCAGGCCGCUGUGCCGGAAAUUUUAACGGCCCUCACGAAUGUAUUUGGAGCGGCAGAAAGCUCACCAUAUUAUGCACCACGUGCGGUAAAGUUUUCCCACGCAAGAGUGACUUCAACCGUCACUACAAAAACCUCCAUGAUAAGACCUUGUACCACUGUCCGUUCCCGGGCUGCAGCAGCGUCUUCGCUCGCCGCGACAACAUUAUACCUCACCGCAGGAGCGCUCACGGAGAGAUCAUUGAAGUCAGAAAGGCAGCACCGCCUGGCAGCAGAGUCAGAGCCCGCGCUCGGGCUGCGGAAAAUAAUAGAGACGGCGCCCAGAAUGGGAACAUGGACGUUGCCGUUGCUGAGUAG